AUGACUCCAAUACCUACUCGCGCUUCGACGCCUUCCGACGCCGCUGACAGAUCGCAACCCCUCGGCGCCUCGUCCGUGGUGCUGCAGUUCGGCGAAUGGGGAGCCGACCGAUAUUUGGGGAAGCGGAGCGGCGCCAAUCGCGGCCGUAGAAGCAGUGGUGGCGUGGAUGGCGGCGGGGAUGGCGGCGGGGAUGGCGGAGGCGACUACCGCGAUUUCCGCGAUCGGGGUGGUCGACAAGGAAGAGGCGGCGAGGGGAGAGGCACGGAAGGGGGAGGAGGCGGGGUUCUUGAGCGGCCCGCUCGGUGCGGCGAUUAUCGCGCGAAAUACGCGGAUAGAAGCGACGCGUUCGUGGUCAUCGACAACGGCUCGCACCGCUGCCGAAUAGGGUGGCAUCUGCUGCCAUCCGCCUCCUAUGCACCCGCCCCCUGGCCCCGGGCCCCCUCUCUCCCCUCCCCCGCUCUCCCCCUCCCCUCCUCCAUUCACCUUCCCCUCCAUUGUUCCGCUAUACUCCCCUUGAUUCCACUCCCCCUCGCUCCGUACCUGCUCGUCAUUCCUCUCUUCAUUUCCUCCUCACCCCGUUUCUCCUCUCCCCAUCCCCCCCGCCCGCCUCCCCUCUCCCUCCCCCCUCCUCCCUCCCCUUUCCCCCUUCCCCCCGCGGACUCCCCCCCGCGUGUGCCUUGCCAUGCGCGCAGGUGGGGCGGGGAGGCGGAUCCGCGGGUGGACUUCAGGAGCGUGGUGGGGCGUCCGCGGCCUAGGAGCGGGGGUGAGUGGGGUUCGCAAGUGACGGUGGUGGGUGACUGGGACCCCGCGUGGCCAGUGCUGAGGGCGCUGGAGUUGAUAGUGACAACCACUGUAAUCCCUGCCCUUCAUCCCAUCCUCUCACCAUUCACUGGGCCCUACCCACCCAUCCAUCCGUCACCGCACCCCCCCACACCGCCAGGCUCGCAGGUGACGGUGGUGGGUGAUUGGGACCCCGCCUGGCCGGCGCUGAGGGCGCUGGAGUUUGGGCGGCAGAGCAUCCGAUCGCCCUUUGAGUCCAACGUCAUCUAUAACUUCGAGCUCAUGGAAUGCAUCUUUGAUUACGCGUUUGAUAGACUGGGGGUGGAAGGCGGCGGCAGGGUAAACCACCCUGUGUUAUUGACUGAGGCCCCCUGCGCACCCCUGUACACGCGCGGCAAGACAGCAGAGCUCAUGUUCGAGACCUACGGCGUGCCUGCCCUGGGUAAGGCAGUACAGGUGUAG